GGAAGAGUGUGUGCUGGGCUCUAUCCUUUUGAGGGACUCAACAAAAAAUAUCAGGUGUCACUAUCAGUGUUUUAAACAUGACAACAGAUCUGGCCUUAGUCACUAUUGUUGUUCAGCUUCUUGCUGAUUUGGUGACAAGUGACAACAUCGACUUCUACAAUCUCAUGCCUGCUCUAGAAGCUUCCCCGUACCCCAAAAGUUUCAAGUGCUUCACAUGUGAACAGGCCUCAGACAACUACAGCUGUAAUCGCUGGGCAGAGGAUGUAUGGUGCCCUCAAAAUACACAGUACUGUAUGACAAUACAUCACUUCAACCAUCAUGGAAAGACAAAGUUUGUUACCAAAAGAUGUGCAGUACAUGAAGAAUGUCGAUUAGCAGGCUGUAGACAUCACAAAAAUGGACACCACAUGUGUGUAUCUUGCUGUGAAGGGAUGGUUUGUAACAUAGAGCUGCCAACCAAUCACACUAAUGCAGUGUUUGCCCGGAGCCAAACCCACAGCUCCGUGGCACCCACUUUCAGGACCUGGGAUUCUGUGUUUCUGCUCAUCCCAGUUCUCACUGGACUGUUACCAUUGUGAUACUCAUUCAUACGAACCUGUUCAGUGAUGAACAGUACACAAAAGAAUGAGUCAUUGCCACAGAUGCCAGCAUCCACCCUGGAAUAUUGCCUUCAUCUGUCACGGGCAAAGCCUGCUGUGUGAAAGACUGCAAAUAAAAUGGAAAAACAAGAUUUGGACUCUGAAAAGAGACAGCCAGUCAGCCAAUGGUGGAAGCGCUGUGUAAUGUAAAAUCAGAUUUGAAUCAGGAAUAUCUAUCAAUGGAAUACUAGCAUUGGUUUCUAAGGAAAACAGACAUUUAGCAGCUAAAAGCAGUGGAUGUGUCUUGCGAUGCUUAACUGGAUUUGUAUUGACCAAAUUAAGGCUCAAACUGAGCACUGAAAGCCUCUAUAUGGGUAGGACGGCCUUGCUUGAUGGCUCAGAUCCCAGAUUCUGUCAAACAACCCUAGCACAGCAAUGAGAAGGCAUGGAAUGUAUUGUUCUAUUUUUCUGAACAAUGCAGAAGUCUCUUAAAGAGAUCUUGAUUGCUGCACAAAUAUCUCAAUGCUUUAAGAAAAUGGACCUAGCGCUAAUGAAUGAAAUAAUUAAAUAUACAGUAUAUACUGUACACUCACCCGACGUAGUCUUCUUCUAGUUACCGUAGCCUUUCUGUCAGCUCUAACCAGUCUGGCCAUUCUCCAUUGACCUCUCAUCAACAAGGCGUUUCUGUCCACAGAACUGCCGCUCACUGGAUGUUUUUUGUUUUUGGCACCAUUCUGAGUAAACUCUAGAGACUGUUGUGUAUCAAACCAGCCCGUAUGGCAGCAACAAUCAGGCCACAGUCGAAAUCACUGAGAUCAAAUUUUUUUCCCCAUUCUGAUGAUUGAUGUGAACUGAAGAUCCUGACCCGUAUUUGAAUGAUUUUAUGCAUUGCACUGCUGCCACAUGGCUUAUUUGAUAAUCGCAUGAAUAAGUAGGUGAAUAGAUUUUCCUAAUAAGUGCUUCGUGAGUGUAUAUAUUUUGAGUCAUUCUGAUUUGACUACAGCAGGAAAAUACCUUUUUUUAUUUUUACUUUAAAAAAUUACCUUAUUUAACUCACAAUUUUAACUAUGGCAAUAUGCCAAAUGUUAUGUCCAUUUAUUAAGGUGCAGUCAUGUUUACCUUCACACGGCAAAAACUUCCACGGGUGAAAAACAGUCAUCUCAAUCCGUGCGAUUGUGAAUUAAAAAGAGGCAGUCAUUUUUUUGCUGGUCUCACACGCGCUUAACAUCAGCCCUCAACUUUUUCGUUCACAGAAUUUAGCUGUGCAAAGGUAAAUGUGACCGCGCCUUUACGCUACUGACAUUUUCUUUUAAAAACUGUUUAAACCUUAACAUUAAAGCUGAAUUUGAUUUUAAAAAAUUUUCUUUCAAAGGAAAUUCUAAUUUCUGUAUAAUUAUGCCAAUAGUC